AUGUUAAAGAUAGGAACGCCUUCUUGGACUUUGAUUUUAGCUUGGAUUAUAAAGGGACGCCUUCCCAGACUUGGAUCUCAGGCUUGGGUUAUAAAGGGAGACAUCUUCUUGGACCCAGAUUUCGGCAUGGGUUAUAAAGGGGGACGUCUUCCUGGACCUGGAUUUCGGUUGAGAUAUAAAGAUAAGUCGGGGAGGAUUAUUCAGAUAUCCGGUCAACCAUCUGGUCAAAUUGGUGAGCAAGUAUUGACCGGAUAUCCGAUGAUCUAUCCGGUCAAUCCGAUGAAUCAUCCAGAUCAAUCCGAAUCUGGUCAAAUUUCGGAUGGAUGA